AUGCAUGUGGCAGUGUUGCGGCAUCAACAUGAGCUCGUACAGGCCUUGUUGGAGUUUGGGUUUCCAUUCACGCUGAAGAACAGCCGGCGAUGGGAGCCCGUGGAUGAAGCCAUCUCGUUGCGAGACCGGGCCAUGGUGAAAUUGCUCAUCGCAGCUGACGUCGCUGCCUUCAAGGCAGAGCAGAAGGCGAAGAGAGCUGCACUGCUGCAGACAAUGCGGGAUCUGGAUGACUUCACAUUCAAGGUGUGGAAGAAGGGAACAUCCAUGCGCGUGGAUGGAUCCCUCCAGGGGGUGGAUGACAAGGCAGGCACCCUGAUCCCCACAUGGAAGCGCGGCCACUUCUCCCUGCUGUUUGAUGGCGGCCAGACCCCAGCCUCUCUGCUGCUGGUGGACCACAAGAAGCGAUCUGUGGUGGACCUGACCAAGGAGAAGAAGAAGUUCAAGGUUGAUGUGGACGAUGAGGUGAGCCUUGCCAUGACAGACAAGAUUGGGAGGACCAAGAUGAAGGCGUCAGACUUUGCGUUCAAGCCUCUCAAGACCUGGUUCGGAGGGGACCAAACGGAGAAGAUUGAGGGGUGGAAGACGUAUGUGUAUGAGGCGGCAGGCAAGAUGAAGGCUGUCACCAUCACCAAGGCGCCCAUAAGCUUGCGGGAGGGUGCCUCCUUUGACGACUACCUGGCCAUGCAAAUUGAAGAGGACUCUGUGAGGGAGACCUACAUCGACCCUGUGUCUCUGCGCGGAGGGCCAGGCGCUCAUGAGGAUCCUGGUGAGGAGGGCGAGGCUCCUGAUGCCAGCAAGGCGGCCAAGGGCGUGCGUACGAUCACCGGCCGUUGCUGGAUGGCGGAGAACUUCCCCAUGAGCCUGCGCCAGCUGCUGCCAAUCCUGGACAUCGUGGGCACCGCCAACAAGCACCUCGCGCGCGCCGGCAAGUUUCUGCAGAAGUACGGCAACAUGUACCUCUUCCCCGUCAAGAUGCAGGCGCGGACCAUAGUGCCCCUGCUGUGGACAGUCUAUGCGCUCGUCAGCUUCCGCAACUUCCAUGCGCUACCGACAGAGGGGGAGUGUGCGCAGGACUCCUUCUUUAAGGCGCCAGAGGGCUACAGGCACAAAGCGCUGCAUGAAAGCCUCAGCAAGGACAGGAAUGGCAAGAAGGAUGGAAAACGUCUUGACAGCGGGCCUCUCGCAGACUUUGAAGAAGACGAUUUCCUGCUCUAA